CGAAAAGCACCCUUCAAGUCUCUAUCACCACCCAUUUCGCGACAGCAUCCAUCCUCGACCCCAACGUCAAAUAACCUAAAAAUCUGCCAAAAUGGAGAACGACAAGGGAGAGAUCGUCGACCUUUACGUCCCCCGCAAGUGCUCGGCCACCAACCGCAUCAUCAAGGCCCAGGACCACGCUUCAGUCCAGAUCUCCAUCGCCAAGGUCGACGAGAACGGCCGUGCCGUCCAGGGCGAGAACCAUGUCUACGCUCUCUGCGGUUUCGUCCGCGCCAUGGGUGAGGGUGACGAUGCCCUGAACAGGCUGACCCAGAGGGACGGUCUCCUCAAGAACGUCUUCAGCGCUGUCCGAUAAAUCAUAUGACUGGGCAGGUCAGGCAACGAGGAAUGGGCAUGAAUUGGUUUUCUUUGGGUCAUCGAGCAUUUCUGAACGGCGAAUAUCAGGGAUUCGGAAAAUGAAAUUAAAUUUCGUACGAUAGGACUGCGGACUUGGAGUCGACGGUUCGCUUGAGAUACUGAAUGAGACCGUGAUUUUUGCUAAGGCAACAAAUGGGACCAACGAACACGAUGCGAUACCUGCGAAACUGUGACGCAUUGGUUGUUCCAUCAACCAAUAACGGCUGGAAAAGAGUCGUGGAUGCACCUCAGGUGACCAUAUACAUCCCUUGACUCUGGGCUACUACGAUAGCUCCAACGCCGCAGAUUGAAUCAAGACCUUGAAAAAGCCGUGGCCUAGAAGUUUUUGGUCAUGGUACAGAUACGGGCCUUACACUCGACAGGAGGAAGCCUAGUGGCGUGGUAACCUGGUGAAAAGAUACGGAUUGAUUCCAGAUUAAGCUGCCAAGGCUUGCUAGGCAACAAAGAAACGUCAAACAGAUUGUUUGAGUAUAUAUGCAAGAGUUGUGAUUUUUGCAGCUUCAUUGAUGUUGGGGUGCAAGUGCAGCCUCUAAACCUAGUCCCGAUGAGCUCAUUAGUCUAUUGAGGAGCUGUGGCGUUUCUUCUUACUGCUCAAGACCUUCGAAGUUCAGACCAUUGGUGGGUGCUGGUACCGAUCCUGGUAUUUGCCCAAAAUUCAGUAGGUGGAGUGGGUUGUGUUGCACCUAUCAUAGCGCACAAAGGAUCUGGGCCAACCCCUGCAUUACAGAUGGCACGCUAAGAGAUGUUCAGAUCGGUCGAUUCGAUCUUGAGAUCCCUUAUGAUGUAAACCAGAUCGGACAUUGCAGCAGGCCAGGCACAGAACAUGCCGAAUUUUGUCUUUGGCAUGGAUAUGCCCCUAGUAAUUCAAUGGAGGAUUAUGGGCUUUAGUGUACUGUACGGUCG